GCCGCCGCUGCCGCCGCAAGGACGGGGUGACUCCGGCCGCCGCCCGGCUCCGCAGCGGGCGCGGAGCCGCAGUGCGCGUCUCGGAGGCAAGUGUCCUGCUGAGAGUGGACGUCUCAAUGAAUUACAGAUCUUUAAAAAACAACUUUUUCACGUAAAUUGUCAAAAGUGAAGAAGAGAUGGCUGGGUCAGCUCGAGAACAUCUGCUUUUUGUGCGGCGUCGCAAUCCGCAAUUGCGGUAUACUCUGAGCCCAGAGAAUCUGCAGAGUUUGGCAUCUCAGGGCACCAUGGCUGAGAACAUGAACUUACAGCGUGCCAACAGUGAUACUGAUUUAGUGACCUCAGAUAGCAGGUCUAGUUUGACAGCAAGUAUGUAUGAAUACACCUUGGGGCAAUCUCAGAACCUCAUCAUCUUUUGGGAUAUUAAAGAGGAAGUAGACCCAACUGACUGGAUAGGACUUUAUCAUAUAGAUGAGAACUCUCCAGCUAAUUUCUGGGAUUCCAAGAAUCGGGGAGUGACUGGCACACAGAAAGGACAAAUCGUAUGGCGAAUUGAACCUGGCCCGUAUUUUAUGGAAUCUGAAAUAAAGAUCUGUUUUAAAUACUACCAUGGUGUUAGUGGAGCCCUCCGAGCUACUACUCCAUGUAUCACUGUGAAAAACCCUGCUGUGAUGAUGGGAGUAGAAGGCAUGGAUGAAGGUGCUUCUGGAGCCCAUCACUCUCGGAAGUUAGUCAGCUUUACCCUGUCAGAUAUUAGAGCAGUUGGACUUAAAAAAGGCAUGUUCUUCAACCCUGAUCCUUAUCUAAAGAUGUCUAUUCAGCCAGGCAAGAAAAGUACAUUUCCUACAUUUGCUCAUCAUGGUCAGGAAAGAAGGUCGACUAUCAUCAGUAACACAACUAAUCCUAUUUGGCACAGAGAGAAAUAUUCUUUUGUUGCACUUCUAACAGAUGUCCUGGAAAUUGAGGUGAAAGACAAAUUUGCCAAGAGUCGUCCAAUCAUCAAGCGCUUUCUUGGGAAGUUAACCAUACCAGUUCAGAGACUAUUGGAGAGACAUGCAAUUGGAGACCAAAUUCUCAGUUAUAAUCUUGGCAGAAGGCUCCCAGCUGAUCAUGUAAGUGGAUAUCUUCAGUUCAAAGUGGAAAUCACAUCUUCUGUUCAUGAAGAUGCUUCACCAGAAACAGUGGGCACUUUACUGAGAGUGAAUUCUGUCAAUGGAGACUUGGGGAGCCCCUCUGAUGAUGAGGACAUGCCAGCAGGACAUCACGAUACAUCUACAGUGUGUUCUAAUGGGCCAGUCCUCGAGGAAUCUUCUGGAGAAGCAAUCCCCAAACACCCUUUAAGGACUAGUACAACUCUGGAAACAGACCAGGAUGAGUUAACCUCCACUGCUUCAAGAUCAUCACCUACCAGAGGUCGCCAGGACUCUCUCAAUGACUAUCUGGAUGCAAUAGAACACAAUAAUCAUCCUAGACCUGGGACAUCUGCUUGUGGUGAGCGUCCUCUUGGGGCCUCCCCAAAACUGAGGAGUAGCUUCCCUACUGACACAAGACUUAAUGCUAUGCUUCACAUUGACUCAGAUGAAGAAGAGCAUGAACUACAUCAAGACCUGGGUUUUCCAUCCUCCUUAGAAGAGGAUGGUGGUUUAGUAAUGCUUAAUGGUGCUACAAGAAGUGUUGAAAGAAAUGGUUCCAGUUACUUGUCAGACCAGGUAAUGGAAGGGCCUGCAGAGAAUGAAAAUGCUUCAGCCUCUGAAGCUCCUUUGCAAUCAACUGAUGACCAGCAAGAGAUUCUCCAAGAGCUUCCAUCAUCACAGGUGGCAGAAGGUGAAAGCCCACAAGGCUCUCAAAGUGAAACACGAGCAGAACAGGCUGGCAGCGAGUUAUGUGCUGCUCAGGAGGCAGAGCAGCCUCCUAGCAGUGCAGACUCAGGAGCUGCUAAUGCUGCUGCCAGGAGCAGAAGAGGUGCUAGUGAAACAGAAUCCAUUGAUCAAGGGUCUGAACCUUCCCAGGUAUCAUCAGAAACUGAGCAGAGUGAUCCUGCUCGUACGGAAAGUGUCAGUGAAGCUAGUACUAGGCCAGAAGGGGAGAGUGAUGUGGAAGGGGCAGACAGCUCUUGCAAUGAAAGUGCAACUGUGCAACGUUCCUCGGUUGAAAUGCGAUGUUCUUCCUUUGAAAGUGCCAGGUUUCCUGAGACUCCAGCCUUUUCUCCUCAGGAAGAGGAAGAAGCCGCUUGUGUCACUGAUAUAGCUAGAACUGAGCCUGUUGCUGAAACACAGGACCCUACAAAUACUUCUGGCUCUUUACCUGCAGUACAGGUCCCUCAGGAAGAGGUACAGGAGGCUGAAGCAGGUGAAUUACGAGACCAAGAGGAAGCAGAAGAAAUUUGGCAAAGAAGAAGUAGCCUGCAGGCAGCUGCUGCCAAUAGCCAGUCUCAAGAUGAAGAAACUGAAGGAGCCCAAGCAGCUUGCGAGGGUGCCAUGGCAGAGGUUGAAGGAGCUACUGGAGGUGCUCAAGCCAAUGGCCAUCAGCCCUUGAGGUCUCUGCCUUCAGUACGUCAGGAUGUUAGCCGGUACCAGAGAGUGGAUGAGGCUCUACCACCAAACUGGGAGGCUCGAAUUGACAGCCAUGGACGGAUUUUUUAUGUGGACCAUGUGAACAGGACAACAACAUGGCAGCGACCCACAGCCCCCCCGGCCCCGCAGAUUCUCCAGAGGUCAAAUUCCAUCCAGCAAAUGGAACAGCUGAAUCGUCGAUACCAGAGCAUCCGAAGAACAAUGACUAACGACAGGCCUGAAGAGCACACAAAUGCCAUGGAUGGAGCCGGAGAGGAAACGGACUUUCACCAUUCUAAUGCAGAUUUUCGAAGAGAGAAUGUGCUGCCUCACUCUACCUCCAGGUCCAGACUUACUUUAUUGCUCCAGUCUCCUCCUGUGAAAUUCCUGAUCAGCCCAGAGUUCUUUACAGUGCUGCAUUCUAACCCUAGUGCCUACCGCAUGUUUACAAAUAACACUUGUUUGAAGCACAUGAUCACCAAAGUCCGUCGGGACACCCACCAUUUUGAACGCUACCAGCAUAAUCGUGAUUUGGUGGGCUUCCUCAACAUGUUUGCUAACAAGCAGCUGGAGCUGCCGAGAGGUUGGGAAAUGAAACAUGACCAUCAGGGCAAGGCCUUCUUUGUUGAUCACAAUUCCCGAACUACCACAUUCAUUGAUCCCCGGCUUCCCUUGCAGAGCAGCAGGCCCACUAGUGCAUUAGUCCAUCGACAGCACUUAACUAGACAACGCAGCCACAGCGCUGGAGAGGUUGGAGAGGACUCCCGUCAUUCAGGACCACCAGUUUUACCAAGACCAUCUAGCACAUUUAAUACAGUCAGCAGAGCUCAGUACCAGGACAUGGUUCCAGUGGCUUACAAUGACAAGAUUGUUGCAUUUUUGCGGCAGCCCAAUAUCUUUGAAAUUUUACAAGAGCGUCAGCCUGACCUUACCAGGAAUCAUUCACUCAGGGAGAAGAUCCAGUUCAUUCGGACAGAGGGAACACCUGGGCUGGUGCGUCUGUCCAGCGAUGCAGACCUUGUCAUGUUACUCAGCUUGUUUGAAGAGGAAAUAAUGUCAUAUGUGCCACCACAUGCCUUACUGCAUCCUAGUUAUUGCCAGUCCCCAAGAGGCUCACCAGUGUCUUCACCUCAGAACUCUCCAGGUACUCAGCGUGCCAAUGCCCGGGCUCCAGCUCCUUACAAAAGAGAUUUUGAAGCCAAGCUGAGGAACUUUUAUAGGAAGCUGGAGACUAAAGGAUAUGGACAAGGCCCAGGGAAAUUGAAAUUAAUCAUCAGAAGGGACCACUUGCUGGAAGAUGCCUUUAACCAGAUUAUGGGUUACUCAAGAAAAGACCUGCAGAGAAAUAAACUCUAUGUCACAUUUGUUGGGGAAGAAGGGUUGGACUACAGUGGACCUUCAAGGGAGUUUUUUUUCCUGGUGUCUAGAGAGCUCUUCAAUCCAUAUUAUGGUUUGUUUGAAUAUUCAGCCAACGAUACCUACACAGUACAAAUAAGUCCCAUGUCUGCUUUUGUAGACAAUCACCAUGAGUGGUUCAGGUUUAGCGGUCGAAUCCUUGGUCUUGCUCUGAUACAUCAGUAUUUACUUGAUGCCUUCUUUACACGGCCCUUUUAUAAAGCUCUCCUCCGAAUACUCUGUGACCUGAGUGACCUGGAAUACCUUGAUGAGGAGUUUCACCAGAGUUUGCAAUGGAUGAAAGAUAACGAUAUACAUGAUAUCCUAGAUCUCACAUUUACUGUGAAUGAAGAAGUUUUUGGGCAGAUCACAGAACGAGAGCUAAAGCCAGGAGGUGCCAACAUCCCGGUCACUGAGAAGAACAAGAAAGAAUAUAUAGAAAGAAUGGUGAAAUGGAGAAUUGAAAGAGGGGUUGUACAACAGACAGAAAGUCUAGUUCGUGGUUUCUAUGAGGUGGUUGAUGCCAGGCUUGUGUCUGUAUUUGAUGCAAGAGAACUGGAACUGGUUAUAGCUGGAACGGCAGAAAUAGACUUGAGUGACUGGAGAAAUAACACAGAGUAUAGAGGAGGUUAUCAUGACAAUCACAUUGUAAUUCGGUGGUUCUGGGCUGCUGUGGAAAGAUUCAACAAUGAACAACGACUAAGACUUUUACAGUUUGUUACAGGCACAUCCAGCAUACCUUAUGAAGGAUUUGCCUCUUUAAGGGGAAGCAAUGGUCCAAGAAGGUUCUGCGUAGAGAAGUGGGGGAAGAUCACUGCUCUUCCAAGGGCUCACACUUGUUUCAAUCGUCUGGACCUUCCCCCUUAUCCGUCAUUCUCUAUGUUAUAUGAAAAACUGUUGACAGCAGUUGAAGAGACAAGUACUUUUGGACUUGAGUGAUACACUAACCACAGUGCCCAGCUCGUUGGACUUUGUGGAUUUGUCUUCUCAAAGAAUGAAAUAAUGUUUGUAUUGGAUUUCCUAGAGGAAAAUUGUUUCAUGAUGCAAUUCAGAUAAUGAGAUUCCGUGAAUGAGCUAAUGAAGCAAUUAAAAGCAUUGUGGUAGUGGCAGAAUCCUCUGCGGUGACACUAGAGUGUGCCUGAUGUGCAGCAAAAGCCAAGUCUUGCAAGCCACAGUUUUUCAGGACUGCCACAAUUUUUAUGCUCAUGUUCCAAGAAAACAAGAAACGCAAUCCUGUGUUGUGAUCAACAUGGCUACAGCAAAACUGACAUGUACCUGAAAACUGGAUUUCACCAAAGUCGUUGAAUAUAAAAUUCAAGUCAAAAUGUGAAAUCAUUCAGCCCCUGCACUAAGUUACCGAAAAAUCACACGAUGAGACUUUUUGGGGAAGAUUCAUAAAGGUACAUUAUUUUAUGCCAUAUGUUAUAAUAGAAUAUCCAGUACUUGCUAUACCUAAGACUACGAGUGCCUGCAUGGUGCACACCAUAGAUUUCAGCUUCAUGGGGCAGAAGUGAACUGGAAGGAAAGUUAGCAGGAAAAGAUGUCACAACAACGGGUUGCAUUAAAGAGGUUUGUGGAAUUGUAUGUGCAAGUGGUGUAUAUGGCAAAAAAUGAGCUGUUAUAAAAUGAACUUAAUAAGACUGAUUUUAUGCUUUAUACUGCAUGGAAACUAUUUUAAGAAGAAACUAGCGAUUUAUCACAGCAUAUCAGGAAAAAUUCCUUACACAGUGACUUCUGUUUAUUUUUAUAGGUUCAUUAUAUUAUGUUUCUUAGAGUGUAAACAGGAAAAAAAGCAAACUAAAAUGCUAUUUCUGUUUGUGUCACUUUCCAUGCUUAAACAAGCAUUGUGCUAGUGUUUAUUAUUUAAGCACUCUCAAGGGAAAAAAAUGCCUUUUAUUUUUAUAAGGGUAAAAAAAAAACUCCCAGAAUAUUUUGCACUGAAUGUACCAAAGUUGAAGGGACAUUAUGAUCUGACUGACAGCAAACUGCAUCACUAUCAAGUAUCUAUAAAAUGCUUAGGAACCAGGCUUUCUUCACGGUGCCAUGUCUAUAGAUAUCAGGACUGUGCACAUAAGUAAUAAUUUUAUAAUACUUACUAUAUGUGAUAUUGUAAUAUGCAUUUAUUUUAAAUGCAUCUGGAUCAUUUUUCAUGCAUUGGAUAACUUAACGCAAUGGAGUUUAAUACAAAUAUUUCAUAUGUUCCCCGCAACUUUUUAUUUGUACAGCACCAUAAAACACUAGCUCGUUUGGAAAUUCAUGAGCAACCUACUUUAAGGUGUACCACUGAUUAUAAUGCCACUGUCUCAUAUCAGUGAACACCUACAAGAUAUAAACUCUUCAUAGUCUUUUUAAGCUUGCAUUUUCACUGAUAAGUCGUUUUCUUAUCAAAUGUUAUUUGAAUUAGUUCUUUUUUAUGGCAUAUCAAACACUGCAUGGAUACCAAUUUAUUUAAGCUUAAUUUUGCUGAAAUACACAAGACUUGCUCGCAUCCACUUUUGGUACUUUCCUCCAGAUGGUCUUGUGGAAUAUGUACACAGCUGUGCGUGGUUUCUUGUACAGCUGCUGAGAUACAGUACAUCCAGCACAUUUUAAAAAUUCAGAAAGUUGCAGUUGGAUACUGAAUGACAAGAACGUGAAACUAGCUUUAUGUUGGUCCUCCUGAUAGCACAGAAGCACAGCAAGCCCUAUUUUGUGGGAGAGGUAGCUUCUGAAGUAAACUUAACAUGCUCACUUUGGAGACUCUGGGAAGGGCACCUCAAGGGAGGUAUCCUACUCGUUUCUUUGGGAGUGUUUUCCUAUGGAAGUGAAGAUGUCGUCGGCAGAGGCUGCCAUUCCACCCUCCGGGUCAGAAGGCAGGUGCAAUUGUGGUGGUAGCAGCAAAGACUGAGGAAACUCGUUGGGCUUACUGAGUACGUGUUACCUGUGCGAAGGAAAACCCACUUGCAAAAUCAGAAUGAAAGCAUCCUUUGACUUCAGGAAUAACUCAGUUUCUGCAUGACAUCUGGGACUCACUCAAGUAAUACGAGUUUUCUUAUGCUAGUUCUGGUUGAUACGAAGUAGCAAAGGAAAAUCCAAACAUGUCAUUCUACUUUCACUCAUAUACUUAUCGAUCUUUGCUAAGAAUGCAUGUCACAGGUGUUAGUGCACAUCUUGAGCAGUAGGCAAAUUCACUUUUCAUCACGUCACUCCAGCAUGGCUUGUUUCAUGUGGUCAAUUCAUCGAGUAGCUGAAACUUUGGCACUCAGAGCAGAAUGUAACUUUUGCUUGGUUGAGAGACAGCAGAAAUUUGAUUUUACAAUACUCUGUUAUCUGUUAUCUAAAAAGGUGAUUUCCCAGGUGGAAACUUUGUCUGCGAGCUUUGAAUCAGAAACUCUUUGGAAUGAAAAGUUUAAAUAUUUGGCACAAAAGAAGUUUAUACUAGUCUGCCUUUAAGUUAUGCUUUUGUACAAAUCAAAAAUAAUAAAUGCAUCUGUCAAUUUUUAUUUAAACCUACCACACACAUUUGUUCUGUAUUUAUACAUAUAUAAAUAUUUGAAGUUACUUGUCAUAAUCCAGGAUUUUGUAAAGAUUUGACAGGAUCACCAGUGCAGCAGGUGAAAGUUUAAAAAAAGAAAAAGAAAGAAGUCUAGAAUUCAUGUAGCACUAGGACUGAGAAGGACUAAGGAAAAUCUGCUACUUCCUCCUUCACUGCCAACAUUGUGUGUAGGAUGCUGGAAGAAUGUUUUGUGCGAGCAAUGAGGAGCUGGCUGCCUGGAAACGGCUACCAAGGUUGCCUCGAGUGCUUGGCUGGUGCCCUGUGAUGUUAUGAGCAAUGCUGGUGCUCUGAAGAGAUGAGUAGUGGGGGAGCAUAAGAAACGAAGCCUGAGCUUUUCCACACACCCCCAUCUCUUGGCUACUGAAUGGAAUAGUCUCCUUUCCGCAUGGGAAGCCAUUCCCAUUAACCACUUCUCAGAGUGAAAGCCAACUUUCGUGUCCUGCAGAUGAGUGCUGCAAACAACCCCGGGGCUUUAGCUUAUGAUGUGCAGUGGCAGGCACAAGGGUCCUGAAUAGAGAGAGACUGAGAAACCUUCCUGAAACGCUCUGUCUUCUCACAGCUUUUCCAGUCGCUGCGAAGGAGCUUCGCGUGAGCGGGCUACAUGGAGCAGGCAAUAGCUUCCCUUCAGCUACAGCGCGGUGACAGCCAGUGCUCACGUAACCCGCAGCAUCUCCAUCACGCACAAAGUCUGGCGGGGGGUACCCAUGAGAGCUCAGGUGAGGUGCCUGGGUUUCCUGCUCUGCUGGAAAUGGCACUGCUAGCCUAAAAGCAGUGGUGAGCCCAGGCAGCCUGCGUGGCUGGGUGUCCACACAGGGCUGGCACGUACCUGCAUCCCUGGCGCCCAGGGACUCAGCCCACCUUGAUCCUGGGUGCAUGCCCCAUGCGGGUGCAGCAUUCCUGGCCGAGCAGAUGUGCAUUUACACGCUUGGUACUACUAGCAACCGAUUCAACUGUAACACUGCUAAAUACACUGGAAAAAAUGGUAAUCAUUGAACUUAUGCGAUGUGUCAUCUCCUAGAGCAAGCAGUCACCCACUCAAAGUCUGCAAGGCAGAAGGAGUCACCUUAGCUGUGUUAGCACCCAGUGCAGUUAGGAGAUGGCUAUGUGCAACACCAUCAGCUACAGGUUGCAGAUUAACAUGUGAAAGGAUUCUCUUAAUCCAAAAUAAAUUCCCAUGUAAUAUAUAAUUCUACUGGAAAUGCCUGCAUGCGCGCGUGCGCACACCCCUCCCCCCCCCAUCAAGUGUUCCUUGAUAUUCUUCAAACAGUUCCCCUUUUUUUCAAAAAUAAUUUUUGUUAUCCAUGUUGUGAACCUACCAUAAAAAGGUGUUAGUAUUGCUUAGAGAAUAUCUAGAGUGAAAUCUAUCUGAGUGCACAGGCCUGCUGGGCACCACAUAAACUCUGCAUUAAAGUUGUUAAUCUCUGGUCAUACAGUAUAUGGUAAAUACAUGUAAUUUUCAGGGAAACUGCAAAUCUAGGCAGUAGCAUGCUGGCAGGACAUCAGAUAGACUUUAUGGCAUGAGGUAAGCCAGCAGAGCACUGGACUGGUAGUUUGCUCAUUUUUAGUUCUGGAAAGAAGACAGUUUGGUGGUUUCCUUUGUAUUUUUAAUCUUUCUAACAUCCCCAGAAAGCUUGCUUCUGAAGCAUUAGGAGUAGUAUUAUCUGCUUGUUCUAUGUAAUCUCAGGAUUAAUUGCAGAGGGUUACUGAGUGCCUCCAGUGUUAACAGCUGAUGGUCCUGGAGAUAUUCACAAGCACCGUGGCCCGGGCAGAGGGAAUUCUUACUUGCAAAAUGGAAAUCUGUGCUAGCUGUGUGGGAGUAUCCUGUAUAAGCUCAUUUCCUGUAAUAUAAAGCUAGUUUAUCCUUUUCAGCAAAUGAAACUUACUGGUUUUAAAUUAUACUAGUAGCUCUGUUUAUCUUGCCACUGAUUUUGUGUGGAAGCAUAAUUCAUUCCUAUUAAUUAAGCAAUAAGUAUUGUCUCCAGUCAUAAGAUUACAGACUUUUGCCUUAACAUGAACCUUACAGUAUUAAUACUCAGCUACCACUAUUAUUUCCCUUUCUCAUCCAUUGCUUGCCACCUUCAAAAGGCAAGCAAAUUCUACUCCUAGUAAAAUUUCAGAAUAAUUAUUCAAACCUGGUUUGUUAAACUAUUUGCAUUUUGCCUCUACUCUGCAAGCCAAAAUAGAAUGCAAACAUAUUAAGGGUUGACUAGCUGACAUGUUGCAAGUAAAAAAACCCUUUACAAUGUUAUUAGCACAACUGCAAUGGCUGCUAUAGAACUAAUCUAACCUUUUGCCUAAAUAUUGUAACAUAAGAAAGAGUUUAAGGGGUUAAAUUUGAAAUUGCUUGUCUGAUGGAAAGAUAAAUACACAUUGAGCAAAUAUUAUGAAAAAAAUUAUUGAAAAGACAGCAAGGUUAAAAGCUUUUUUACAACCCUUUUUCAUAACUAACAAGAUGCAAAAUCAUUAAGCUGAACAUAUAAAAGUAGAAUACCAUUUCUAUAGCAUGUGUUGGGUUUUAAUUUAAAGAAAGGUAUUGUUCAGGUGAAAACUUAAUUUAGGACCUUAUUUUGUCAGCUUUGCUCAGUGUCAUGUUAUAUCAUAGGUAUUUUUAGGUAAACUUGUAAUCUGAGAGGUCUAUUUAAAAUCAGUGAUGUUAAAAUGUCACUGCUCCAAAAGACUUCUCCAGAUUGUAAGUUUAAAAGGAUGACAGUGCAGGAUUUCUCUGAAGCAGUUACAGUCCGUUGUAAUAUUUGUAUGUAUUUGAAGUGCUGUUGACAUAUCCCCCGAGGGCUUUCUGAAAUACUGUGCUCAUUAAUUAGCCCCCUUCUGAAUCAGUAAUCGGCAUUUGGAACUUGUUUCCAUUAUGCAGCAACUGCAGUUAGACCGUAUUAAAGAAUAAUAAUAAAUUUUAACUGUAGAUGUAUAGUAACAAAUCUCUUAAAGUUACGGUGAAUGCAGUAUACAGCCAAGCUAUGUUUGAAUCCUUCAUUCUUUUAAAAACUUAUGAAUAAUGGAAAUUAUAUUUUGUUUUUCAGUACACAGUUUUUUUGUUCUUAGUACAUCCAGAAACUUACCAAUCAGCCCCUACCAGAAAAGGCCCCAUAUACCGAGAGUGCCCUCAGGAGGCACACUGGCCCGCUAAUUUAACGUAGCUUUGUACUAAUCUCAAGGUAAUUGGUUUUUAAGUGUAUAGGCCUACAAUACUCCACAAGAGUCUGGUGUCCUUUUUUCUGGGCUGCCUUCCAAAGGCCAUCCUCUCCCUUUCAAUUGCACAUAAUCCUGCAAUCACCCCGAGAGAAACACUGGCCACCUAUGCUAACUGUAACUACAGUUAUCAGAGUAAGAUUGUGCUUUCGUUUACUUUUCUAUACAGAAUUAAACCGGUCUCCUUUGCAACAAGAGUACCUCCCCUCCGUCCAAAGAGUCAAGAGCCUAAACGUUACUCUGGAAUCUAGAUCUUGUGUGUGAUUUAAGAACAAGAUCUCUUCAUUCAGUAGUUGUCAUAAAAUAUAUUUGAAAAUCAAAUACUUGAUUAGGUAUCCGGUAGUGGAAUGUCCUUUGACUUUGGUUUUGCAAAGUUAAUAAAGAGGCAGGGGAUUUUUCUUGCAGAGUUUUCUAUCACCAGAAUUUCCCCCACUUGCUUCUAGCAGGUUUUGGCUGGAGGUGAGAGCAGCCCUCGCAGUGGGGCAGGCUGGUGCUGAUGGAGCAGUCGCGGAGGCGAGGGAGCUGCUGCUUUGCAGCAGACGAGGCCUUCCCCAGCUGGAGGCUCUAGCCGUGCAACCCUUAAAAUGGGUUUCUUCCAAAACAUAGUUCACGUCUCCAUUUCCUGUUAAUAGCAAUAUGGGCAGCUCAUGACAUAGUCCACUGAUGUAUCUCUCAGCAUCUCAUUUUAAAUCAAGAAAAUGAUUAUUUUUAUAGUUAAAAAUACUGACUCCAUUAACUUGUCUGAUAGUAUGAGUCCAAGUAAUAAAGAUUUUUGCAAAUAAAGAUUGCAGUGCUGACUGCAGUCAGAUACUGGAGCUGAGUGAUUUUAAAAUAGAUUCCUGUAUGAAUAAACAAAUAAAUACCUGAACCCUCACAAUUUAUGCUAAAGCAGGAAUGUAACUGUAGGCGUUGUAAUGAUAAGAUACGGUUGUUCCACACAGGAAGUACAGCAUUUAAAAUGCAGCCAGGGAAGAGUGCUAGAGUGAAAACAAAGCUGAACGAGUAGGGAUGGAAAUAGGAUAUUGAGCAGUGCUGAUCAGAAAAAUAAUUUCUCUGUUGGUUGUUUCUUUUUUUUUUUUUUUAUUGGACUACUCAAGAAAAUGAAGGCUUCUAAAUAAAAAAGGGUGGUGUUUCGAAGUCUUACUUGCCUUUGUUUUUACAAUUGUGUUUACUACUAGCUGUAUUGGCAAGGUAAUUGACAUCUGAUAAAAAAUCAGAUCAUCACUACUAAUGAUAAUUUGAAUUUUAAAUGUAGUGGGCCAAAUCCUAACUACCUAACAUUUAGAUGUGUGAAAAUGUACAUGCUUAUUUUACCUGGCUGGGUUUUAUGUUAUGGUUGCAUAAGAACCAUGAAUUUCCACCAAGAGGUAUUUUUGUCAUUCUGGAAUUGGUGUAAAGUUUCUAAAGCCUAUUUUAGGUGUUAAUACAAUGACUUUGGCCAAUUCUCAUGCUCUAGUGAGAUCAUCCAAAAAAAAAAAAAAAUAAGGAAGUAGGUAGGAAGAAUUUCAGGAUCUGUUUCUUUACCUAAAAACCAAGACAUUUGGAUGAAGCUGAGUACAAAAGUCAAGAGCAGAAUUCUUUGCAAGUUUUCUUCUUCAGGUGGUAGGAGUAUAAACUUACAUAUAAACUUUUAAGUCUCAAACUAGAAGGUGACUAGUAUGUUGGACCCUGAUGCUUCAAAAGUUCCGUACAGCAGGACAUUUUCCUGCAAUGAGUCUUUAACACUCAGGAGACUGUUGUUUAUUAUCAGCAUUGCAUGGAGGAAGAAUUUUAAUGAUAUUAAGUACAUACAUCAUCUUAGGAGGAUGCUUUUGUACUCUGUUUUUCCUUGGAUGGUAUAACCUUGAGGGCAUCCGCGAAUCUGGAUCAGCAAGGUUGCCUUUCCUAUAAGCGACUGAACAUUUAUACUCAUAAGGGCUGAUAUAAUAUAGAAAGGGAAAACUUUAGAGAAAAAAAGGCACCAAAUUGAACAUUUGGUAUGGAAGGCUGGUGCCCCCAAGUCAUUUAGUAUUCUUGUCCUUACGAGGCUACAGUUUUGGUUUUCAGUAUGUUCAAAAGUGCAUAUAGUUUUAUGAGUUUUUGUAGUGGGGAUGCAGGCAUCCAGAAUCUAACAGGUAUACAGGUGCAUUUCCCUCAUUUUUGACAAUUUAACUGAUCUAAUUUUAUACCAAGUUCUUUGUUUUUAAAGAAUUUCAGGCACUGAGAAUUAUAGUGCAUAUUUAUUUCUAAACUUUAAGUAGAACAAGCGGUGUAUUUUUUAAUCCUUUCCAUACUUUUCAGUUUAGUGUCCACAAGACUGUAUAUCAAAUAUAAUACCAGAUUUUUCUAUCUUUCUACAAGGCAAUUUAAAUUUCAUCUGAAUUUGGUAUAUGUCUCACAAAAUACUAAAUGGGGAAAAUGUGCUUCAAGCAUUAAGAUGAUGUAUGUCUUUUUCUCCAUUUACAUUGCAUCACAUUUCAAUUUCUUUGAGGCAGGGAGAGCAGAUGUGAAAUGUGCUGAGUAUGUUACAGGGGCAUUUCAUUGUGCCUGGCUUCAAGGAAUGUACUAUAAUGUUUGACUGCUCACAGAUUUGCAUAAUUAUUUACUCAGUUGAAUAUAGGAUUGUUGUGUUGUAUUUCCGGCUAUUCAAAAACAUUUGGGGAAAAGAUUUUUCUCUGUAUAAUUUUAUUUUCAUACUGAUAUCUAUUUUGUUUAAGACCAUGUUUCAUCAUGAAAUCACUUAAUUCAAAAUAAAUCUUCUUACAAAAUCCA